AUGUCCCCAUCUUCAACACCAUUCCCAACUUCUAUUCCAAUUCCUUCUUCAUCAACACCUCAAUCAAUCGCCAUGAAACAACAGUUCCUUCUCUCUCUCCUCUUCUCUUCUCUCUUUCCACUCAUCAAAACCCAACAACAAUAUUCAGGAAGCUCAGUAAUGGAUUGCAAUAACAGUGACCAAACAAGCCCAUCUCCAUCUUUUCUCUACACCUACAAUGGCCAAAACUCAUCUUGCCAGGCCUUUCUCAUCUUCAAAUCCCAACCUCCUUAUGAUUCAGUCCCAUCAAUCUCAGCUCUCACUUCUUCAAACCCAUUAGACCUCGCUCAAAUCAACAAUGUCACUAGGCUCACAGUCUUCCCAACAGGCAAAGAAGUCAUUGUUCCAGUGAACUGUUCUUCUUCAUGUCAGUACUAUCAAGCCAACACCACUUUCUUUAUCCUAACCAACGAUACAUAUUUCACCAUAGCAAACAACACAUUCCAAGGAUUAUCUACAUGUGACUCGCUUAUGCGCGCGAAUCAGCAAUACAGCGAGAAUAGAUUGUACGAGGGACUCGGAUUGCAUAUACCCCUUCGCUGUGCUUGUCCUACGAGGAAACAAGCUGCCAAUGGCGUCAAAUAUCUACUGACUUACUCAUUGGAUUGGGACGAUAAUAUUCCUGAUAUUGCUGACAGGUUCGAUUCAAGUGAACAGAGCGUGCUCGAUGCAAACGGGUUUUUAGAACAAGGUCCAACUCUUUAUCCCUUCACAACAAUUUUGAUCCCUCUGUCAACAGAACCCUCAAGCUUGAACACCAUAAUUCACCAAUACAAACCCGUUGUUUCGCUUACACCACUACCUCUUACUAAUACUACUACUACUAUCAAGAUCAAAGGAUCAAAAGGAAUGGUUUAUGCGGGAGUGGGAACUGCAGCAGGUUCUCUGCUGCUACUCUCAAUUGCCAUUGCAUUCGCUAUGUUUUUGCUAAAAAACACAACAGGUAGAGUUUCUCAGAUUAAUUGUGAAGAAAAAGGAAAAUUGGGAUUGCCCAAAGAUCUGCUUGUGGAAAUUGCCAGCAUCGAACACGACCUGAGAGUGUUUGAAUUCGAGGAACUCAAGAAGGGUACAGACAAUUUUAGUUCCAACAGCCAGAUAAAGGGUUCUGUGUAUCGUGGAACGUUCAGUGGUGAAGUUCUAGCUGUUAAGAAAAUGGGUACCGAUGUAUCCGUGGAAGUGAACAUGUUGAACAAGAUCAACCACUUUAAUCUGAUAACACUUCACGGUAUCUGCCAAUGCCAUGGCUGUUUCUACCUAGUUUUUGAGUACAUGGCCAAUGGCUCUCUAAAAGAAUGGCUUCACAAGAAAAGUUCAAACGAGAGAAGAAGCUGGACUCAAAGGAUUCAAAUUGCCCUCGAUGUUGCCAAUGGGCUUAACUACCUUCACAGUUUUACCAAGCCUGCCUACGUGCACAAGGAUGUGAAGAGCAGCAAUGUUCUACUCGACAGACAUCUAAGGGCAAAGAUUGCCAAUUUCAGUCUUGCGAGAACAGCAUUGAAGGGAACAAACAGUGAAUGUAAUAUUGUGUCAACACUGGUUUCGGGUACUAGAGGUUAUUUGGCACCUGAGUAUAUAGAGACAGGGCAAGUGAGUCCCAAGAUCGAUGUCUAUGCUUUUGGAGUGGUGAUGUUGGAAUUGAUCACAGGAAAAGAUGCUGUCAUUCAGAAGGAAGGUCAUGAAGUGAUACUUUCAACAGCAAUAGCUUCAAUUAUGGAGGGAGAAAAUGCAGAAACCAGGCUUGGUUUGUUUAUCGAUUCUAAUCUUGCAGAAAAUGGAGGCAUGGUGUAUGCAUUGCGAGUGGUGAAGUUGAGUUUGAUGUGCUUGACACAAGAUCCAUCAAACAGACUGAGCAUGGCAGAGGUAGUGUCUGCUCUGAUGAAAAUUCAAGUUGACUUAAAGAAUUCAGAAUCAGCGUAUGCUGAGUGUCCUUCGGAGAGUGAUUGA